AUGUUUUUGAUCGAUAUAUGGCGGUGGCUUCACUGUCGGUGUUUUCCCCAACCAGGUAUCUCCCACAAGCGAGCCACUGCCCUAGCCGGGACAAGCUCUAAGCUCCCGACCGGUCUCCCGGCAUGUAGGAAAGAUCGCGCGCGGUCCGUCGCUCCUCUACGAAAUGCUGUGUUUGCAGGUGAGUCACACGCGGUCAUAGAGCUGCGUCACAGAGCGGAGGCAGGGAGAGUUCGCUGGGACGGGGCCGGUCCGGAAGUGCUUCGCUGGCGCCUACGCUUCUGCAGGUAA